UGAAUCAAUGAAUUGUUAUCCUCUGUUUGAGUAUGGAUUUUUUUCAUAAAUGCCUACAAGGAAUUUAUAAGGUCAGAAGGUAUUUGUUGGAUUGGUAAAUUUUGGAUUUCAAGAAUAUUUCAGACUCCAAUAUGAUAGCUUUUGUAUUCCCUUCCUGCUUGGAGUUAUUGGAAUAUAAUUUUAUUUGAUUCGCCAGAAUCAAUGAUUUCAUAUUCUGAAUCAGUUUUGUUGUUCUCUUUACAAUUGACAAACAUAGAUCAAAUUCACCUCAUCGGAUCACACCCUGUGUUGAUAAUUCGGUUUGGGCCUUCCGACAAAAUAUAAAGCUGAGUGGAAUGAGUUUAAUGAGUGUUACAGAUUUAUGAACAGCUGGAGAGGAAAUGGAUCUGAUUCCCGAAGAUGCUCAAAAAAAAAAAUUAUUGGUAGUCUAAACUGAAUGUGCUGAAUGUAAUGGCAAAGGCAACCAAGAUGAUACUCUUACCAGAACAGCCUGCACCUUGACCCAUAGUCCUGAAUAACCCAGUGAAUUCAUCACCCAGUCUACUCUGGAUGGCAUUGAAUAAGUGUAAUAAUGUAAAAAAUCAUUUUUCAUUUUCUCAAAUCCUUUUUUACCCAGGAAAUAAUAUGAUUUUAAUAUAAUUUUAAUUUUCUUUGAUUGCCUAUCGUGAGAGCAAGAUGGCCGAUGAUUCUGUAAAUGUCUGUGUUGCUGUCCGUGUGAGGCCUCUUCUACCAAGUGAAAGACUUCAUAGCCACCAGGUUUGUGUGAAGAAAGUUCCAAACUCCAAGAAUCAACUUCUUGUUGGAAAAGACAGAUCUUUCACUUUUGAUCAUUUGCAUUGGUGGAACACAAAACAACAGGAUAUCUAUAAAACCACUGUGAAGCCGCUAGUUGAAGGGUGUUUUCAAGGUUACAAUGCGACAGUAUUCGCGUAUGGUCAAACUGGUUCAGGGAAGACAUACACUAUUGGUGGAAGCAACCCUGCAAACAUAACGAGGGAUGAACAAGGAAUUAUACCAAGAGCUAUUAAUGAGAUGUUUUCUGAGAUUAAAUCACCAGGAAGAAAACAUAUUGACCAUGCAAUUAAGGUUUCUUAUGUUGAAAUCUAUAAAGAAGAAGUCCGAGAUUUAUUGGAAGUUGAUCUUCAAAAAUGUAAAGACGUUUCAUAUCAGAGAAGAUCAGAAUGGGAAACUGUGAUAAUCGGCGCAAGAGAGGAGAAUUGCUCCACAGCUGACGAAGUCAUGAGCUUACUUCAGAAGGGCAGCGCAGUUCGUCACACGGGAGCGACACAGAUGAAUGAGUUAUCAAGCAGAUCUCAUGCAAUAUUUACUAUUCAUAUGAUACAGACAUGGCCAUGCACACCGAGGCCUAAAAAUUUGAACACAAACAACAGUAAUAAUAGCAUGAAUGGAUUGAUGGAUUCGGAUGAUCUUGAUGAUGAGAAAAUACAGAAUGUAAUGUCAGCUAAGUUUCAUUUCGUCGACCUCGCUGGCUCAGAAAGAGCUAAUCGAACUGGGAAUACUGGAGAGAGGUUCAAAGAGUCAGUUCAAAUCAACACUGGGCUUCUUGCUUUGGGAAAUGUUAUCAGUGCUUUGAGUGAUCCGAAGAAAAAGAAAAUUGGACACGUGCCUUACAGGGACUCAAAGAUUACAAGAGUCCUGAAAGACUCACUUGGAGGGAACGCUCGCACAGUCAUGAUCACCUGCAUAAGUCCGUCUUCAACAAGUUUUGAUGAAACAUUGAACGCUUUGAAAUAUGCGAAUCGUGCCAAGAAUAUCACCAAUAAACCAGUGGUAAACAGAGAUCCUCAACAGAUUUUGAUUGAAGACCUUCAAAGAUGA